AUGACGACCCGAAGCCUCUGGGGCUCAAACGCGCUGGAGUUGGCCGUGCUAGGACAGGCCAGCGAGCCAGCCGUGCGGCGGCAACCGCCCGCGCGUGUGCGCGGGGACGCCGACGGCUGGAUGCUGUCAGCGGCCAUGAGUGGUUUUGACAGCAUGCUCAAGGGCGCGUGGGACGACGAGGGAGACGCUCAGGCCGCUGCGGCCGCUGGCGCCCGGCCACUGGCACCCGGCGACGCGCGGCGCGCGGCGGUUGCGGACGGCCAGAGCCAGGACCCGGCCCGGCCCGGCGGCCCCCCGCGGCCGUCCCAGCGGGGCGAACCGGGCGCGACGCCCAGAGCUCCAGGACUGCCGGCGCACGGGGACGACUGCGGCGAGGAGCGGCGGGCGCGCUGCACGCACCGGGCAUCGAGCUCGGUGCCUCCCAAGGAGAAGCGGGCCCCGCCCUCCCUAGACACUGGCCAGCGGACCAGGGCUCUGUCGCAGGACGCCAGGAUGGCCCCCAAGUCGGCGCUCAGGAGCCCCAGGAUGGCGCCGAACGCCAAGUCUGAGACGUCCAGACGAUCUCCGACGUCCGUUGGCGACCGGAGAUCCCCAAGCGGCUCCACCGGGAAGUACUUGCAGGGCGGCCUCGUGGAUUUCAAGGAGUUGGUGGAGGCGGAGCCAGGGCCCCGCGUCGUGCAGUGGAAGCCCCACAACUCCUGUUUCAGCAGCAACGGCACCAAGACCUACGAGCAGCAAAAGUGGGAGGCCGAGGAUGCCAGAGGCAAGGCCGCCCGUCGCGGAGCCAGGCGGUCGGGAAGAGACGCCGGGGACCGCCAGCUCGAGGAGGGCGACGAGAAGGGCGAGUCGACGACGUCGGAAGGCACAGGAACCAGUUUUGCUUCUAGCUCAGGCGGAACGGGCUUGAAUUUCCUCAUGCAGAUGUACGCCCAGGUCAGCGGCGGGGAUGCGCCGCGCGUCAGGGCGCAAAACUCUGGCCGGGCUCCAUUCGGCGCAGAGCACCAGGGCAAGGACGGGUCCAGAACGGUGAAGAAAAAGAACAGCGCGAACGCUUUCAAUUGCCAGGACGACCGAGUCAGUGGAAGCAGCGCUGUGAGCGGAGAUGAGUCUCCACUUGUCACCUAUUCUGGACUGCUUGAUGCGGGUCUCGUUCCAGAAGACGACCUGACAACGCACAGGCCAAUGCGCUGAAGUUGGUUUAUAUAGUCGCUUCAGUUCUGUUGUAAGUAUAUUCUGUGUCAGGGGCUCGUCUGCGCAGCCGUGGCCACCAUGCAUUUCUGCGCUCUUUACAGCUGAACACCUUCCCUGUUUCAACACUUCCUCGCGACGAUACACUAGGAACCAUGCAGCUUAUUUGAUCGCCCUCCCCUUGAGCCUGCCGCAGCCGCGCCAGCCUGCGCGAUGUCUGAUCCUGAGUGGCAACUGACAGCCCCAUAGGUACGCAGGCGGGAGGGCACCAGCCCGAAGAGGCGGCUGCGGGCGGCGCGCACCGGUGGGGCGGCACGGCGAGGGGGCCGCCCAAUUCGCUAUAUCGCCAUACCUCGUUGUGCUCUUCUUCCCCUCCUGGGAGAGUGAGUUCGGCAUCAGCGCUGGCAUAUCCGUGGUCGGCAGCCGCCCUAAUCCGUCCUGGCCCCCC